AUGGCCAACGAUCCUUACGCAAAUGAAUACCCACCGCCUUUGGCCAAUCGAGCGGAUAACACACAACAACACGAGUUGAAUCACGAUUACCGUUCCAUGUCGGCGCCAAGGCUAGAAACUGUCAUUCCGCCUUCCAAUCAGCAUGACAGCCGUCAUGCCAAUCAGUUUCAGCACGAUGUCCACGCGUCUCAACCUUACAGAGGAAUGCAGUCAAUGAAUACGUAUUACGAUCCCCAGGCAAUAUCUUUAGAAGAUUUUCGGCGAAUGGAACAGGAGCAAGAACGGGCUGAACAAAACGGUGACACAGAGAUGACGGAGCGGAUAUCUUCAUUUCCUCCGACGGGUCCCUUUUACAGGCAUCCAAUGCAACCUUCAAGUUUCCCGUACAACGAAACAGCUUAUGGAAUACGACCGUCUUUUCGUCAAAGAACGGAUAUUGUCCAUCCCUAUUAUUCGCCAAGUCUACCGUAUGAUUAUCCCAAAGUCAGUCGACCCAUGAUGGUGCAACCACCCCAUAUCGCUCACUUCCAACCUGCGCGUCCAUUGAUCCCUUUGCCAUCCCAUACAAAGCGUCCUCAUCAUGCGAGGCAAAAUCAGUGUUGUCUUUGUCACGGCCCAUCCUGUUCCUGGUGCUCAUGUCUCUGUUUCAUUGUCGCCAUGGCACUGCUAGCGGCGGGUAUCGCUAUGCUUGUCAGUAACAAAAAGGUCGCUCGCCAGUGUGCAGCUGAAUGCGUCAAAUUACCGAGUUUUCUUGGAGGGACCGAAGGAGAGCGAUGCAAUACAGUGUGUGGCAAGGUGGCCCAUCAAGGGUUUCUGUACGGCGGAAUUGCCACCAUUGCGCUAGCUGGUAUCUCCAUGAUCUGGAUAAUGAUAUCAUGUAUGCGAAGAAACAGAAGACGCAUAUGA